AUGCAGCCGACGCCGCUUCAACUUCCAUUCGACGGUCCCAGGAGACCACGGCUGAGAAAGCCGCACGUAACGAAGCGAAAGCUGCGGCAACGUCCAUUCGACGGUCCCAGGAAUCCAUGGCUUAGAAAUCCGCACGCCAUGCAGCUGACGCCGCUGCAAAUUCCAUUCGACGGUCCCAGGAGACCACGGUUGAGAAAACCGCACGUAACGAAUCGAAAGCUGCGGCAAAGUCCAUUCGACGCUGACUGCAAUCAACAGGCAGAUGCGGGCAUGGCCAUUAUUCCCGAGAACGAUACAGGCCAGCACAAUCAUCCUCGCAGGGAUAUCAUAAUGAGUCUCCAACAAAUGCUCCACGAGACAAACAACUAUGUCCGCAGUUUUAAGUAUGCUCUCGAAAAUAACACUUCUGAUUUCAUUAUUGUAAUUGAUGCUGACAAACGGCCUCAGGGACAGCACGAACGUCUUUACAAUGCUCCCGCAAGUAACGAAGUUUCCGUCAUUGUCAGCUCUAAUCAGCACAACAGACGUGACAUUGUUAUCGAAUCGCGCGGCAGUGGGCUCCGAAGAAUCAGUGAAACGCACCGGUCCUACGAUGCACUGCAAUACCCACUUCUCUCCCCUUACGGAGAAGAUGGGUACCACUUUCUGCAAAAUGGGUCCACCUUAAAAACAGUGUCUUGCAGGGCUUUCUACGCAUAUCUAUUGAUGGUACAUGAGGGUGCAUUCAAUCAUCUUCAUCGAAGCCGGCAACUUUUCCAUCAAUUCAUAGUAGACAUGGCAGCUAAGAUGGAAUCCGAAAGACUCUGUUACAUCAGACCAAGUUGCGCUGCGACUCUUACAUUCAUCUCCGUGAUGCUUUACGAAAUGACGCUGAUCCACGCAAUAUAG